UGUUAACAGCUCAGGCGUCCACCAAGAACAUAAACAAGAGCGAGGCGGGGCCUCGGAGGGAGGGAGGUGGACGAUGUUCUUCACCAAAACAUGACCUGCUACCUUUAAAGAGGUCUCUGAAACAAAGUAAGCUGAACCUGAAGGAGGUGAAAGCCAGCUGUGUGCAGCUAAAUGAGGACAACACAGAUGGUGUCCAGUGCUUCAGCACUGCUGACUCAGAGACAGAUAUCAUUGACCUUUGUGGAGAUGAUGAGGCCCAUAAACAUGUUUCCGUGGUAACCGCAGGACAUGUGAGAGAACAGAGAUGCUAUAAUGACCCAGCGCAAGCUUCAGUGACAGAAACCAUCAGGAUCAGGAGAUAUGAUGGUGAUGUCCAGCCACUUUUAGCCAUAACUGAGAUGCAGAAAGCAUCUCGUUCUCAUGACUCCUUAUUCAAAUCAGCAAAGAGCCACAAAGAAACUUUUUCUCUCCAGAGUUCAGGAUGGAGGGAAGGUUUUUCUCCUGAAACCCGUGAGGAGCUGCUGCAGCGGAUUCAGACUCAGAACCAGCUCUUCCCCGUCCGCCGGUUCUUCUCCCUGCUGCUGGAACAUCAGAGCCAGUCUGAAAAGAGUUUAAACAGCCGCGGGUCAGAAGCGACUGCUGCCCGACCUACACCGGUCUCUGAGAAGAGGAAACAGGACACAGAGUUUCUCCAUGAUGACCAUCCCCCGAAAUGCCAGCGAUGGAACCGAGACGCAGUGAGUGUUAACGUCCCUCAGAAUCCUGACCAGCUUCACAUUAAACCCGCCAGCAGGAGCAGACUGAGCGUGAGCCGGAGGAAGAAACAGCAGAGCACACCUCCACCUGCUCAGAGUGUGUAUUCUGCAGGAGAAACCACACCACCGGAGUGUGUGCUGAGAGAAGAUGACGUUCUGUGGACGGAGAAAUAUCAGCCUCAGUGCUCAGAGGAGAUCAUCGGGAAUUCAGCCGCAAUGAGGAAGCUGCACAGCUGGCUCAAGGAGUGGAGGAUGAGAGCGGACGUGGAGGAAAGAAGGAAAAGACAAGAGGAACGACGCAGAAUGCAGGAGGAGAGCAAAGAGUCAUGGGACUGCGGUGAUUUCGAGGGCGAGAUGGUGAUGGUGGACUCAGAGGCGGAGCUGUGUAAUACUGUGCUGAUUCAAGGACCUGCAGGUGCCGGCAAGACUGCAGCAGUGUACGCCUGCGCACAGGAGCUGGGAUAUAAAGUUUUUGAGGUCAAUAGCUCGUCUCUGCGUAGUGGUCAGAUUGUCCUCUCGCAGCUCAGAGAAGCUACUCAGUCUCACCAGGUGGGGGUGCUGCAGUCUGGCUCCACAAAGCCCCAAAACAGCCACAGCACAGACCCUCCUGCAGCUUCUACGGUGGCAUCUAGAAAAGAUGCUUCCAGAAAACUCCUCACAUCCACCACAAAAACCUCAGUGAGCUCCCGUAAUGCUCCCAGAAAGAAAAGUGCUGCUCCACCGGCUGUAACCCUCAAAAACUUCUUCAAGAGAACCAACAGGCCUGUGGACAAAAGCACUGAUCGUCCUCAAGACCCAAAUGGUUCUGAUGAAACCAAACCUGAUGUGAUUAUUGAGUCUGAUUCAAAUGCUAAAGACUCCGGUGAAGAACACGUACUAAACGCUGAAGACCGAAAAAACAGGACACCUCCCAUAUCUCUCAUACUGUUUGAGGAGGUCGACAUCAUCUUUAGUGAGGAUGUGGGGCUUCUCACAGCCAUUAAGACCUUAAUGACCACCACUAAGAGACCAAUUAUACUGACCACUAACGAUCCGCUGUUUAGCAAAACUUUUGAUGGCCGUUUUGAGGAGGUCCGUUUCAAAACUCCUCCAGUGGAGACUACCAGAAGCUACCUGCAGUGUUUGUGUUUGGUGGAGAGCGUGUGGCUGGACCCAGAUGACCUCAGCGUCCUGCUGGCAGAGUGUGAAGGGGACGUUAGGAGGAGCGUGUUGGAGCUGGAGCUGUGGACGCGCAGUGGAGGAGGAAAGACACGCCGACACAUUCAGAACACAGCACUGACCUGUGGCUCCUGGGCUGAGCUGGAAAGCACUGGGUGUUUGGAUGUCCUGAUGGAGAUUUGGAGGACGGGACGGAGCCUUUUCUACUCAAACCUCAACCUACUUUUUGCUCCGCUCUCCAGAACCUCUCAAAACACAGAUAAAAACACUUCUGAGGUGGACAGCCUUAAGUUUAAGGAGAAAUUGGAAAAAGAAGAAAAUUCCCCCAGCUUGAACGAGACAAGGCCUGGAAAGCUUUCUAGACUGAAAGUGAAGAAACAUAAAGCUGCUGGAGAUGAACUGAAAAUGACACACUCUCCCUGCUCAAAGCUUGCCCGUCUUCACCUGGAUAUAUUUAACCAAUCCACUUCUCCUGUAAAAUGCCAAUCAGAACAUUUCUCAGCUGAAGAAAGUUCAUCUAAGCUUGUGUCCUGCUGCCUGGAAUCACUGGCCCAGUUUUUUGACACCAUGUCUUUCCUGGACUCCUGUAUUUACAAGCAGCAGCUGCAGGUUCCUGGACAGUGCCAGUCUGGUCCACAGGGCUGGAUGGGUGCCAAACUGACGGACAGUUUAGUGGACGAACUGAGAGAGGAGGAGGUGAAUCCACACUUGGAGUGCUCUUAUGAGCUCCUGGCUGUUUUGGAGUCUCUGGGUUUCCACCAGUGCAGAGGAGAACUUUCUGAGACACUGAGAAAAGCUGAAAAACUGAAGGAGGUGAUGGGAGGAGAAAGAUUUACUCAUCUGAUGGAACAUCUCAUCCUUUCUGAGUCAGCUGAUGCUUCUGCCUCUCAGAAGAGCAAACCUGGUGCUGACCAAAAGAGCAAAGAGGUCAUCAACAAAGUGUUGUCUAGUAAGGCGUUCCGUUGUCAUAGUAACAAGAACGCAGUUGCCGUGGACUACCUGCCCGUCCUUCGCUGUAUAUGCAGAAUGGAAAGAGCGAAGCAGCAAAACAGACCCAGAUUUUUACAUUAUUUGAGUGACAUUCGCCUGCCUCUCCCCAAAAGCACUCUCAAACUGCUAGCCUUGGAUCUACACUGA